UGCGUUAGUGUAGUACUACUAGAGGGCGAUAGCGAGCCAGGCACAGAAACCUCACCGAACAGGAAGAGAAGAAACUAAAGCUGUUCCACAUCAGCACAUCCGCCUCGCAACGGCACAACGAAAACAUCGCACAUAUACACAAAAUGGAGGCGAAGGCGGGUGACCCUUUCGACAGUGGGGCAGAGGAGCUUCCUGCAGCACGAAUGCUCAGCAGACUCUUUCCUAAAGGCUUUUCCGGGAAUGUGGCAAAGGACUGGCUGGACCGUCGACGGAAGUCUAUUAGGCCCUGGGCCAGCUUUGUGGAUCAGCGCAAGUUUUCCAAACCAAAGAACUUCGGUGAACUGUGCCAGCGUGUUCUGCGAAACCUGGACACGUUCCACAGCAACUACACCUUCAUCUUCCUCGGGCUCAUCCUCUACUGCAUUAUCAGCUCCCCCAUGCUGCUGAUCGCUUUGGCUGUAUUUGUUGGUGCCUUUUACAUCAUCCACCUGAAGUCACUGGAAUCCAAGCUGGUUGUUUUCGGUCGGGAGUUGACUCAGGGUCACCAGUUGGGACUGGCCGGAGCUGUGUCUUUACCCGUGUUCUGGCUGGCAGGUGCUGGAACAGCGGUUUUCUGGGUACUGGGUUGCCAUAGUGAUGACCUUGGAGAAAAGACUCCCUCACUGGCUUUAAAUUAUACUGCGGCAAAAGAUGCCAGCGAUCGAUACUCCAUUACAGUGGUGCAGUAAGCAGAGGGAGGGAGGGGAUCCCACUGCAGUGCACUCACCAAGCAUCUACAGAACUGUGUGUGUGUGUGUGUGUGUGUGCACUGAUGCCAACUUCUGCAAGUCAUGACUUAGUGCUGAUACAGAAGCUUCUAGACAAAACCACAGACAUCAGCAUAAUAACAGAGAAAUCUUACACAUUUACUGCCUUAGAAGUACUUCUGUGCUUUAUAGAUUAUCCCACCAAUAUGAUUUCCAGAAACACACACACACACACACACACACACACUCUAAGUGUUAUGUUCAUGUACACUGCAGAUUUCUCGUUUUUAUCUUAAGUAAAAUCAUUAUUUAGGCUCAGUGACCCAUUAACACACACAACCCGUGAGGGAAAUAAAGACACAGAUAGUUCUCGGUUGUAUUAAAUGUUCUAGAUGUUUUAUUGGUGUUGAUUUCAUUGCUUUCAUACACAUUUUCUCUACAAUUUGCUAUAUUUAAUGUUCGUCCCUUUCUUUAGUCUCACCCCCCCACACCUUUCUGAGAUGGACACAGCCAUAAGCCGACUGCUACAGCGCGCUGUCCCCAAGCAUUCACACGCCCAUACAUACAACCUUUCUCUCUCUCUCUCUCUCUCUCUCACACACACACACGCACAUUCACACAGCACAAGACCUGGGGCGCUCCACACACCAGACCACACGUGCGUUUCCUGAUAAACCAACAAAUAAAGGCCCCAAACACACCAGGUUCUCUGUAAAUGACCUGUAGAAAUCAUAAACCAAAGGAAACUCUUCUGUUGUGUGGCAUGGACGACUGUUCUAUUACAGAUAUAAUGCAUUCAGUUCACUCAGGUGUGAUCUAAUAAUAAUAAUAAUAAUAGAUAACUUGUUUUGUUUUUAAAAAAAAAAAACAAUACAGAGCGUUUGAGGGGAACGACAAGCGGAGCCUGGUGUGUUUGGAAUCAUAAUGGCAGUAGAACCGGAAACAUACCAAAAACAUUAAAAGUACAUCCUGAUUCUAUACGUAAUACCUGAUAACGGGUGUGUCCCUGUAUCAUUUGCAUCUAGUUAUAGACCUUUUUUUUUUUUUUUUACAGUCAAACAUGCAAGAGAACCAUUCUUUCUUUAGUGCUUUAUGUAUCCGUUGUGUUUUAUUUAGUUGAAUAUUAUUGUAUAUACGGUUUGCUUCUAAAACACACAAUCUGAAGUUGGAUUUGAAACAGGGUUAGCAGAGAACACAAAGACAGAGAAAGAGAUAGAGAGAGAUAUGAAAAACCCAUGUUUACGUUUUCAUGCGGAAAGAGCCAACAUGGUUCUCUCCAUCUUCGAUUAACAACAACAACAAUGAUAAUAAUAAUAAUAAUAAUAAUAAUAGAACAACCAGUCAGUGAACGACCCUUCCUUCCUUUCAAGGUAGCAUCACAGCAAACUACAGUGAGAAAACCAAAAAGGACAAUCGACAUGAUCGACGUCAAGAGAAGAAAAAAAAAAGGAAGGUGUGGACUUGUCUUCUCCCAGACAACAGGAGACAGCAGGAGUAAUUGACCAGAGUGUACCGGUGUCAGCAGGUGGCGUCCCGCCGCAAGUCAUGUGACCCACAUACCCGUGUGCAAUUGGAGGACAGGCGGUGGGAGGGAUAGGAGGAGUAGAAAGGCAUGGAGAAGGAGGCAGAAGAGGAGGCAGGUGGAUGUGAGGAAGAAGCAGGGGGCUGGGAGCUUUGUUAGCAGAGCAUACACA